UCCUCAGUACGGCAUACAUCUUCUGAGCUUCUCUUCUCAUUGACGGACCCCAGUCUACAGAUCCCAGCCUAGAAGGAGGUCGCCCCAGGCUGAGGACCUAUCAGGCUCCUUGGUUCAGUUCUUAAUAGAAUUUUUGUUUUUCUUUUCCUCCCUAUUUCCAAAGCAGUCAAGCUGAUCCAGAAUGAAGUGUGGAUCCAGAAGAAGUCAAAGUUCCAGUGGAGGGAGGAGGAGAGGUCUGGGUCACUAAGCAGGUCCCCUCAACAUUUUCCACUAGUUACUUGCUAGGACUCGCAAUGUGACAUCUCGGGAUCUUGGACGUCUUCUUGGAGACGCCUUGGAAGAGCCGGAACGCAGAUAAUGGGAAACUCUCUUUGGCUUUGUCCUCUGGACUUCCAAGAAAGCUGAGACUCAAUGAGAAGGACAAUCAUGACAUCUCCUGAUAUUAUGUCUUCUUGGACAAACAUGGGCGCCCCGCUGCUGGCAGUAUGCUCAGUGCUGCGCCCCACAUCUUGAUGCUGGGCAGGGUAAAACAGGGAAGAAGCAUACUGGAAUACAUGACCAAGAUGGUAAUCACUGGCGGCAAUGAAGAUGACAGAGGAAGCCAAGAAAAGGAGAGCAAAGAGGAGACGAUUCUGGCUAUGCUGGGGAUCAUAGGGACCAUCCUCAACCUGAUUGUCAUUAUAUUUGUUUACAUUUAUACGACCCUCUAAAAGACGUCACCGAUGAAAGACAUGCAGCCGGCCCUUUAAGAGGUCCCGGCUCACGAUGAAGCACAAGCCACACAAAUUCCUUCUUCUUUUGCCACAAAGCAAACUAUGGACUUUAUUAUGACCGGCCCUGGACACUGUGCUGUACAUAUCCUUACGCCACACAAUCGAUGGGAAAGGAGCCUUGUGGUGAUGGAACGAUUCGUUACGUAUAUUCGCCUAUGAUCACAUGGGCUGAGACUGAGCCGCAGACAGAAAUUCUGACACAAUUACGUUAUUUUUUUUUUCUCUCUCUCUUUCUUAUAUUUCCUCCCAUUGAUAUGAAUGUUUCUAUCUGUACUUUAAGUGCAAUGCUUUCUGGCAUGUACCAAAUAGAUCUGGGGUUUAUUAGCCAUUAAAAGAAAUCUCCUUUCCAAUGCAUGAUGCAUAUGGUAGGCGCCAGGUGAUGGCGCUGGGGGAGGAGUUACGCGUCUAGAAAUGUAUUGAUAUUUUAGGAAAUGUGAAAUAAAACACAAAAUGGGUACAUUGUAAAUAAGCCAAAAUGCGCCA